GUAGGAACACUGCCCCACCAAGCCUGAGUAAACCUUGAGAGCAGAAGGAGAGGUCAGGCUGAUCUGAGCACCCACAUGCAAGGAAGGACUUUUCUCACUCCUCGUCUCCAAAUAGUUUGGCACUUCUCUUCCAAAAGGUAUUGUUGCCGUUGAAAGUCUUACCCUGUGGCCUCAUCUCACCUUCCAGAUCAUGGAGUUCUCCAAACUUCCAAAGAUUGGGGAUGCAGAGAAAGAGAGUGAGAUGGGAUUUGUGCAUGGUGUCUCUGGACCAGUGGUGAUUGCCUGCAAGAUGGCUGGAGCUGCCAUGUACGAGCUGGUGCGCGUCGGACACUUUGAGCUGGUGGGCGAAAUAAUCCGUCUGGAAGGUGAUUUGGCUACCAUCCAAGUCUAUGAGGAGACCUCGGGUGUUUGCGUGGGGGAUCCUGUGCUGAGGACUGGGAAGCCGCUCUCGGUGGAGCUUGGCCCAGGCAUCAUGGGGUCCAUCUUUGACGGGAUCCAGCGGCCCCUGAAAGACAUCACAGAGCUCACCAAGAGCAUCUACAUCCCCCGAGGCAUCAACAUCUCGGCUUUGUCCAAGGACCUGAAAUGGGAGUUCAGUCCCAGUCCAAACAUCCGGGUUGGGAGCCAUGUAACUGGCGGCGAUAUUUACGGAACAGUGCGCGAAAACUCUCUCAUCAAGCAUAUGAUCAUGGUGCCACCCCGGUGCCGGGGCACAGUCACCCACGUUGCCCCAGCUGGGCAGUAUGAUACUUCGGAUGUGGUGUUGGAACUCGACUUUGAGGGAGUGAAGGAGAAACUCACGAUGGUGCAGGUGUGGCCCGUCCGGCAGAUCCGUCCCGUGUCAGAGAAGCUCCCGGCCAAUCAUCCACUGCUGACUGGCCAGAGGGUCCUGGACGCCCUCUUCCCGUGUGUCCAAGGCGGGACCACAGCCAUCCCAGGCGCCUUCGGCUGUGGCAAGACAGUCAUCUCCCAGUCGCUGUCCAAGUAUUCCAACAGCGAUGUCAUCAUUUACGUGGGCUGCGGCGAGCGGGGCAACGAGAUGUCUGAAGUGCUGAGGGACUUCCCCGAGCUGACGAUGGAAGUGGACGGCAAGACGGAGACCAUCAUGAAGCGCACCUCGCUCGUCGCCAACACGUCCAACAUGCCUGUGGCCGCACGAGAGGCCUCCAUUUACACAGGGAUCACACUCUCAGAGUACUUCCGUGACAUGGGCUACCACGUCAGCAUGAUGGCCGACUCCACUUCCCGCUGGGCGGAGGCGCUCCGUGAGAUCUCUGGGCGUUUGGCCGAAAUGCCUGCAGACAGCGGGUACCCGGCCUACUUGGGUGCCCGCCUGGCUUCCUUCUAUGAACGGGCUGGGCGUGUGAAGUGCUUGGGGAGUCCAGAGCGGGAAGGGAGCGUCAGCAUCGUCGGAGCGGUCUCCCCUCCUGGCGGUGACUUCUCUGACCCAGUCACCUCAGCAACGCUGGGGAUCGUCCAGGUCUUCUGGGGGCUGGACAAGAAACUAGCUCAGCGAAAGCACUUCCCAUCAGUGAACUGGCUGAUCAGUUACAGCAAAUACAUGCGGGCGUUAGAUGAACACUAUGAGAGGCACUACCCGGAGUUCGUCUCCCUGCGCACUAAGGCCAAGGAGAUCCUGCAAGAGGAGGAAGAUCUGGCAGAGAUUGUCCAGCUGGUUGGAAAGGCGUCCCUUGCUGAAACGGACAAGAUCACCCUGGAGGUGGCCAAACUGAUCAAGGAUGACUUCCUGCAGCAAAACGGCUACUCUUCCUAUGACAGGUUCUGCCCUUUCUACAAGACAGUAGGAAUGCUCCAGAACAUGAUUGGCUUCUAUGAGUUGGCCCGCCAUGCAGUAGAGUCCACUGCUCAGUCCGAGCACAAAAUCACCUGGGCUGUCAUCCGCGAGAACCUUGGGGAGAUCAUGUACAAGCUGAGCUCCAUGAAGUUUAAGGAUCCAGGGAAGGACGGAGAGGCAAAUAUAAAAGCUUACUACGCCCAGCUUAGCGAGGAAAUGCAGAAUGCGUUCCGCAACUUGGAAGACUAAAAAGGAGGACUUGGAGGACUCAAAACUUUGAGUGAUUUGCAGCAAGACUUUUCACAUUUCAGGGUGGCGGCGAUGUAACAGCUCCAAUCAGGAACUCAUU